CUAGACUCGGACGCCUGGCGUAUCACCUGGGCGCUGUCGCCCAACGAACUCGGUCUAGUUCGUGGAGGCUGAAGGUGGCAUCCGCGACAUGUGCUCGUGCAAUUCCUGCUUACCUCCCUCUCCGAGUGGUGCGCGGCUCAGCAGGUAAGCAAGGUACCUCAGGUGGUUUACCACGAGGAACUCACGACAACCUAUGACGCAUGAUCCAAGCGGUCUUCAACCGAGGUGAAAGACCAUGACUCCCAAAGACCAUAUCAAGAGAAAGUGUGUUUUCAAGGCCAGAUAUCUUCGAAGCAAUCACCACUCGCAACAUUGUUGCUGACAGCCCCUCAAUCUGGAGCGCACGGCAACACCAGCCUCAGGUUCCACUGUCACCAGUUUCGGGCAUAUCAAGAAGCCACCUUGUGUAUCCCUGCCUCGCGUAGUGCAUAUUCGUCGAGCGGGUGAGAUUGAAAGGCGGCCAGCUGAAAGGUAACAAUCCAAGCGUACAGAUCGCUCUUACCAAUGGCGUUGUCUCUGUUCGCAAUCCCUCAUCUCACCGCGCCGCAAUGGCCAGACCACCCUGGUCGCCUUGCAUGGGGCCGGUGAACCUCAGCUCAGUACUCAGCCAUGAGCUGUAACGCCAGCAUUCAUUGUGCAAUACCUCUAUGCGUUGCUUUUCUGCGUGUUGCCUGUCGCUAUCCUUAAACAAUGUCUGCGUAAGCAUCUUGCCUUUUUCUGCUUCGCCCUCUGGUUCGACCCGCUCAAACAUGUGCUGUUACACGCCGUCUACGCGUGAUUCUGCUUUAUGCCUCAGGCCUUACAUAUAUAGCCUUGACUGUGCUCGGAGACCAUGUCAAACAAGAGGAAGCUUUCAGUUACAUCCAUCAGCAGCAACAUGGACGAACAACACAAUCUACCUCUUGAUGCUGGCGACGAUGCCACCAGCUCCAGACUCUUUGGCGCCAUCAAAGGGUUCUUCGAGAGCAUUGCAGGCUCUGGUUCUGACCCUACCAACCCAGUUGUCAAUGGGGCGUCCGUAGAAUCAAGACCGCUGCUGGCAAGACUGCUGGCGGACAUUGCCUCUCAAGCGCCUCGUCUAGGCGAAAAUGCUGCCCUGAUUCAUUCCUUGGUAGAUACAAGGCUUUUCGAUGGCGGCCUCGUCGAUGACCGUCAAUAUCAGAUGGAGAAGAUUCUUCAACUGGCAGCCACACUGCCUGUGGAAUCAGAAGCACUGGGUACUCUAACCGGCCAAUUCAUCAAGCUGUUAUGGGAGACUCUUGAGCAUCCGCCUCUGUCCUAUGAGGGCGACAACUACAAGUACCGCACUGCCGACGGCUCAAACAACAACAUAAUGUAUCCGCACCUUGGCAAGGCCGGGUCAUACUAUGCUAGGACCGUGGCACCCCAAACCCUAAAGCCUGGGGUCCUCCCAGACCCGGGAGUCAUCUUUGACGCCGUGUUUGCACGAGGCGAGAAAGCCCGAGAGCAUCCGAACAAGCUUUCCAGUAUGCUCUUCUACCUCGCCACCAUCAUCAUUCAUGACUGUUUCCAUACCGAUGAGCGAGACUAUUCAGUUGUGAAGACAUCCUCCUACUUGGACCUGGCACCAUUAUACGGCAGCAGUGAGGAAGACCAAAAGAAGAUCCGAACCUUCAAGGACGGCCUCCUGAAGCCGGACACAUUCUCAGAAAACCGCAUUCUUGGCUUUCCGCCCGGAGUGUGUGCAAUUGUCGUCUGCUUCAACCGUUUCCACAACUAUGUGGCCAUGCAGCUGAAGGAGAUCAACGAAGGGGGCCGUUUCAAGAUCCCCCGGGACGAGAAUGACACCAAAGGCAUUGCCAAGUUGGACAACGAUCUCUUCCAGACAGCCCGACUCAUCACCUGCGGCUUGUAUGUCAACAUCAUCCUCAUCGAUUACGUGAGGACGAUACUCAACCUGAACCGGGCUGACACCACUUGGACCCUCGACCCUCGCAAGAACUUCGCCGAUAUCUUUACCGAGGCGGGGGUACCCAGCGGGAUCGGGAAUCAAGUCAGCGUAGAGUUCAAUCUCGUUUACAGAUGGCAUUCGGCCAUCAGCGUCAAGGACGAAAAGUGGACAAACGAACUGUACCAGGCCUUGUUUCCGGGCCAGGAUGUCAACAAGGUGACUGAGGCUGACCUAUUGAAUGCACUCCGUAAGUGGCUCUCGAAAGUUGAUCCAGACCCCUCCAAAUGGGAACUGGACGGCGGCAAGUACAAGCGAACCGAACGAGGCACUUUCCGAGACGAAGAUCUGAUCAACAUCCUCAGCGACGCCACCGAGGACGUGGCUUGUGCCUUCGGGCCCCGGAAUGUGCCUGUGGUGAUGAAGCUGAUCGAGACUCUGGGUAUGAGGCAAGCCCGGGCUUGGAACGUGGCCACGCUCAACGAAUUUCGCAAAUUCUUCAAACUCGAGCCACACAAGAGCUUUUCCGACAUCACCAAAGACGAGGAGGUUGCCCGGGCGCUGAAAGCCCUUUAUCAGGAACCGGACUACGUCGAAAUGUACCCUGGUCUGGUGGCCGAAGAUGCGAAGGAUCCCUUGGAUCCGGGCUCUGGUCUCUGUCCCGGAUAUACCGUUUCCCGGACCAUUCUCGCCGAUGCGGUUGCACUCACUCGGGGCGACAGGUUCUACACGAUUGACUACACGCCAGCGAAUUUGACCAACUGGGGUUGGUCGACAGUCCAAUCUAACCCCGCUGUUGCCCAGGGCGGGUGCAUCUAUACCCUAUUGAUGCGAGCCCUUCCAUUGUACUACCGUGGAAAUUCGGUUUACGCCAUGUUCCCAUUCACCGUCCCCGAGGAGAACCGUAAGAUCCUUAGGAAACUCGGCAAGGAACAAGAUUAUAACUUCCAGCGGCCGUCGUACGUCGGCGUGCCGACCUCGAUCAGAUCGUGGAAAGGCGUGACCAAGAUUCUGGGAGACCAGAGCUCCUUCAGCGUCCCCUGGGGCGAGCACACAUCAUAUCUUACUCAUCAUGACUACAUGCUGAGUGGAGACAGCGCAGCCAACUCGACUCAACGCCGAGAGGUCCAGAAGGCCAUGUACUGCCCGGUGAAUGGCCUUGCGCAAGUGCAAGAGUUCUACGAAGACCUCACCACGCAACUUGUGGUGGCGCGGUCCGAACGACUACGCGGCGAAUGGUAUCAGCUGGAUGCCUGCCGGGACGUUGGCAAUCCGUCCCACGCGAUCUUCGUGGCUCGCCUCUUCCAUCUCCCGCUGAAGCAGAAGGGCGACAAGAACCCGAUCGGCGUGGAAGUCGACCAGCUCUACCUUGCCCUGUCCGUGCUGUUUGCAUACGUCUUCUUGGACGGCGACACAGCAAGCUCAUUCAAGCUGCGAGCAUCGGCCCAAGAAGCCACUGACAAGCUCGCCGAGCUUGUCAAGAUUGUCUGUAAGGCCGUCCAUGCCGGCAGUUUGCUGCACCUGGGCGAUCUCUUCCCGAUGGGCAAGGCCGGGCAACUUCUCGAGGACUAUGGGGCCAGGUUCCUCAAGCGGCUUUUCGAAGGUGGCAAGACCGUCGACGAUGUUGUGUGGGCCAUCAUCCCCACCGCAGCGGCGGCUGUCGCUACACAGGCGCAGCAUUUCACCCAGAUGCUGGACAUCUACCUGUCCGACGAGUACCACGACAAGCAUUGGGCCGAGAUCCAACGAUGUGCCUGGUCCGACGACCCGGCCGACUUCGACAAGCUCAAGGGGUAUGCGCUGGAGGCGAACCGCCUUGCACCUGCGGCGUUUGGGCUGCUUCGCAAAGCCAACACCGACACUGUCAUCGAUGACAACGGCACCAAGGUCCAUAUCAAAGCCGGCGACUCGGUCUAUACUGACUUCAUCACCGCGGGCUUGGACGAAACCGUGUUCCCCAAUCCCAGAGAGAUCGAUCCGUCGCGUGAUCGGUCCUUGUACAUCCACCAUGGACACGGCCCGCACGCCUGCCUUGGCCGCCCCAUGGUCGAAGUCGCCAUGGCAGCUCAACUAAAAGUGUUUGCCAAGUUGAAGAACCUGCGCCGCGCCCCUGGUCCUCAGGGACACUUGAAGAAGACUGUCCCUGUGCCGAACCCUACCAGCAGUGACCCGAAGCCCAGCCCCGGCAGUAUCCAAGUGUACAUGGAGGAAAAUUGGAGCUCAUGGUGGCCUUUCCCAACCAGCCUCAAAGUCCAUCACGACGGCCUGUCCAGAGAACAACCCGAGCAACUCGCCGGUGACACCGGCGUGCCGGGUAUCCAGGAGCAGAUUAAGGACAGUGACAUGGCAGGACCAGGAGUUGCCACCAACGGCACCAAUGGCGUAGACGGGGACCACGACAUGGAAAACGGCACUGCUUAAGAAGCAGUCAAUUUGACCGUUGGUUGCAGAUGAGUGAUGAAGAACUGGAAUUCUGCACCCACGCCGCUCUCUUGGAUGACUCUAAAUUGCCGGUUAUAAUGUAGGCUGACGGGGCGUAUCUAGCAAGUUCAUAUUGAUACUAAUACUAGCGGGAUAUUUCUUCGUGCCAUCACGUAUAAUCAUCACUCUGAGUCUUUAGAGAUGUCCAACUUGAACGGUACAAAUCGGUCGCCUCGUCCAUUGUUUCUUCCUUGUCCGAACAGAACACGAGUCCAGUCCACCUAUAGGUAUUGCUGGCGGGUAACGCUAGUGCACUACUGCCAGUGU